CGUUUGUGGGCCGUCCCGCCAAACAUCCACUCACGGAAGUACAUCCCAGCUGACAGACAUGGCAACUGCGUUGAGACAGUCUGCAAAGUUAACCUUUUCUGGUUUAUGUUCAUCGUUUUUUCUGCACUGCAGAAAUGGGAGGGUUUGUGCAUUGCCUUAUGUCCACAACCGGAGACACAAUUCAACCUCAUCUAAAAUCAAAGUGGAUCUGGACAGCACUUCAGGUAUUGCAGUGAUGAAUUUCCAGAGCCCACCUGUGAACAGUCUCAGCCUGGACUUUCUCACAGAGUUCGCCAUUAGCAUGGAGAAACUGGAAAUGGACAAGAGCUGCAGAGGGGUGAUUCUUACCUCGUCCCAGCCAAAGGUCUUCUCAGCAGGGCUGGACAUCAUGGAGAUGUACGGGAAGGGCCCGGAACAUGCCGGAGAGUUUUGGAGAGCCGUGCAGGAGAUGUGGCUGAAACUCUAUGGCUCUGACAUGGUGACCAUCGCAGCUAUAAAUGGGUCCAGUCCGGCUGGGGGCUGUCUGAUGUCCAUAUCGUGUGACUACAGGAUCAUGGCUGACAAUCCUCGCUACUCCAUUGGCCUUAAUGAAACCCUGCUUGGUAUCGUCGCCCCCUUUUGGUUUAAGGACACCAUGGUGAAUACGGUGGGCCAUCGGGAGACAGAGAAAGCCCUGCAGCUGGGUCUCCUCUACAGUGCCCCUGAUGCCUUGAAAAUCGGCCUAGUGGACCAGUUAGUCCCUCAGGAGAGUGUCCUCUCUACUGCCACAGAGACCAUGACUAAAUGGCUCGCCAUUCCAGACCACGCCCGUUCAAUAACUAAAUCCAUGAUGAGGAAGCCAACCAUAGACAAACUGACGUCAAACAGAGAGACUGAUAUCAAGUAUUUUGUUAACUUCAUCACCAAAGAGUCCAUCCAGAAGUCGCUGGGAAUGUACCUGGCCAUGCUGAAGAAAAGGAAGGCCUAAAGAGCUCCCAACGCCAAGCUCUCUGUGCCUACCAACCAACUUGUCUAAAAUUAAGCCAUCUGAUUGGUAAAUGUCUCGUCUAAUCCUAUCGGUUCUUAAAUCUAGGCCUGUCCAUUUGGUGUAACCUGUGUGAGUGUCAGGUUGGACUAAAGACUUCAGGACUACAUUUGAGAAUCACUGUCCAUAGAUUGGUUAUUUGAGCUGAUGGUACUGGUUUGGUUUGAUGUGUGAUGUCUUUUUUGUGUUUUUUCCCCCUACAUUGGUUGUUCAUCAGUAAAAUAUCAGAUACAUGCUGAGAUUUUCAAAAUGCCUGUAUUUUGUAAAUGUUGAAUCGCCUGAGAAAGUAAGUUAUAUGGUCAUGGGGAAUCAAUGGCUUGCCUGCACCCUGUGGUGAGCAUAACACACAUCCUCUUUGUAGUAUAACUGUGCCUCUUAACAUUAGAAAACAUGUCAGAGUACCAGCAGAUCCUCCUCGUGUUGAAUGUUUUUAAUAUGACUGUUCAGGGACUUGACAGCGCAGACUCAGUAGAGCUCCACCUCAACAGGGUAGUGGUCACUAACGGCCAGAGCCUAGAGGAGAGAGAAAACAGUGAUUAUACUUGUGCCGUCUGUUCUUUAAAAUAUACCGAUGCUAAGAAACGUAAGGGGAAUAAUGUGUAGGGCCUUACUAGACUGUGGCUGAGUCCAAGAGCAGUCAUGAAGUUAUAGACUUGAGCAGACUUAGGAACAACACCUAUCAUCAUAUCAGUGGUGGCCACAAUCCUGUGGAAGCAGUGAACAGGUGCCUUAGCUAUUGUGUGUGUGUGUGUGUGCGCCCAUUAUGAGAUGUAACGGCAGGCUAUAUACUAAUUCUUACCGGUCAUAUGGACAGUUGGUGUUGGAUACAGUUGUGUCUGCAUCAUUAGGAAUCAACCAGUUGAAGCUCUUAUCAGUGUAUAGCCUUAUCUGCUCCCAUUCUGCACCAACAACGUAAUUACAGCCAGUGUUGAAGUCUCCGAGUAACAGGAUGUCCUAUAAAUAGAUAGGCCAGUGGAAAAGACUACAAGCUUAUCAAGUGUGACUUGUGUACUGUUUCAUUAACUUGUGAUGUGGAUAGCUGGUUAAGAGAAAAACAAUGUUACAGAUGUGUUCUUGGGAAAAUAAAUAGUUACACAAA